ACCAACCCCUUUUUCCUCGGUGGCUUGGAUGGAUGAUGGAAGACAAGGGUAAAGGUUCUGCGAAGGAAACUGCGAAGGUGAAAUUUACAAGUCUGCGGAAUCAAGUGUAUAACUUACUUCGUCAAGGGCAAUCCCAGAAGGACACUCAUGAUGGAGACUCUUCCGAAAUCCUGCCUGAGGCUGUAUAUAAGGAUGAUGUUCGGGAAUUUCAGGAUGACCCUCGUUCCGAUGAAGAGGUGUUAGGAGCAAUAAAGGACAUCUAUUUCAAUGACUCCUCAUUUGAUUCCAGUGAUUAUGAGCUUCAUCAACUUCCAGAAGUCUUGGACCUUGAUGAUCUGGAUGAUUAUCGAAAUGACCUACGGAGACAGCUUCAGGCAGUCUCAAAAACACUUUACAAGAAAGUUCUGGAAAACCACAGUGCUUAUGUGCAGGAAUUACAAAGAGUAAUGGACCUGGAAGAAUCAUUACAUACUGCUUCUUCAAUCUGUGACAGAGGACGAAGACACUUGGAUCGGGCUAAGAGAGGAGUAUCUGCGGGUGGAUUAGGAAUAUUGGCUAAACAUCGAAAGAAGCAGCACCUACGUAUCUUACUAGACUCCUUAAGAACAAUAAAGACACUGCAAAGGACAGAUGUCAGACUCAAAGAAAUGCUUGAGGAAGAGGAUUAUCCUGGUGCUAUUGACCUGUGCCUUGAGUGCGAGAAGGCAGCCAGGGCAUUCAAACAUUACAGCUGUAUAAGUGAAUUGAGUUCAAACUUACAAGAGACUCUUAUAGACAUUGAGAAACAACUUGAUGUGGCUCUAGGGAAGAUGUGCAAAAACUUUACUCCCGUGAAUUAUGAACGGCUGCUGACUGCUUACAGAUACCUGGGCAAGACACAGAUUGCAAUGGAUAAACUGAUCAUACAUUUCAUGACAGCCAUUAAUCACGAAUCAUUUUCUGUUGUAAUGGAUCACCUUGGGGAAUUUUCUUCUGAAGUUAUUACUGAAGAUGGCUUUCAGCAUCUUCAUUUUGAGGAGCAAUGCAAGAAAGUUGGAGCUGAACAGUUUACCUCAUGUCUAUCAGAUCUUUGUAAGGUGUUGUGGUCACUGAUGUUAAGCUAUCAUCAUAUUAUCAAAUGGCAUGAACAAUAUGAUCCUGCUAUGCACAUCAGUGAGACUGAACAAGAUGAACCAUCAGCAGAGGCAACUUAUAACAAAAAUUACAUUCAACAGAAACUAGAACAUGGACUAAAUAGGAUAUGGAAGGAAGUCCAGGAGAGAAUCAAAACACAUCUUCUUGCUCAUGACCUGUCUUAUUUCAAAUAUGAUGACUUCAUUUAUGUUUUGGAUCUUGUCAACAGGUUGAUAGCUGUUGGUGAAGAGUUUUGUGGCAGCACAUCAGAGGAUCUCCAUGAUUCUAUACGAACACAAACUGUGAAAUAUUUCAAGACUUACCACAGGUCAAGAAUGGAUGAACUUCGAAUGUUUCUUGAAAAUGAUGCUUGGGAGUUAUGUCCUGUGAAGGCAUCUUUCAAAAUUGUGGACCUUUCAGAAUUUCGUUUUAUGAAACAUCAGCAUCCACUCAUCAAAACUCACAAAAGAACAGGAUCAGGAACGGUUCAAGUCACCACAGACACAGGUUUCUUCCCAAGAUAUUCCACUCAUGGUAAUCCUUUUGAUGAUGUGUAUGUUGAAGAUGAAGGGGAGGAUGUAUUGGCAGAAAAUGGAGAAAUAGUAGAUGGUGAUGUUAAUGAAAAUGAAAAGAAAUCCAGAGGACUUAGUCAAGAUGAUGAUGAAGAAGAUGAUGAAGAUGAUGAUAUUCCAGAGGAACUCAAGUUGGAUUAUGUGGAUGAAAGGACUGGUGAAAUUCCAUUGAGCAGGACAGAAAGCUCUGCUCAUAGCAGAAAACAUCAAAAAUUUUUGUCUAAAGUUCCGUGUAUCACCAACACAACCCUCAAUGUGUUGAGAGUGUUUGGUAAAUACAUGCAAAUGAUGAAUGUAUUGAAGCCCAUAGCCUUUGAUGUUGUGAUCUGCAUGUCACAGUUGUUUGAUUACUACUUGUUUGCUGUUGCAUCAUUUUUUGCCCCAGAAGUAAUGGUGGAUGGAAGUGCCCAUGGUUUGAGUAUAAAGCUGAGGACAAGUUUAAAAAGAAUUUCAGACAAUCUUAUUCAACAUUUGGAAUCUGCUGAAAUGAUGAAUAGUGGAAGUGAUAUGAAGGUUCAUCAUCCUUAUUUGUCUCCACUUGUGGAUCUUUCUCGAGUUGAUACCAUGUUUGGAUUGUCUGAGAGAAUAAUUGCUACAGAAUCUUUAGUGUUUUUAGCUGGUCAGUUUGAAUUUCUUCAUCCCCACCUUGAGGCAAUGAUACCCGCUAAUAAACGAGCAUUUCUCUCACAGUUUUAUUCCCAGACUGUGAGUACUGCCCAGGAACUCAGGCGACCAGUUUAUAGAAGUGUGGGCUCAAGAGUACUUGAUUAUGAUCAGACACUUCAACUGAUGACUGGAGUGCGAUGGGAUAUUCGGGACAUCAUGUCUCAACACAAUGCCUAUAUCGACGUUCUUGUGGCGGAAUUACAAGUUUUCAGUAUGAGACUGUCUCAACUAGCCAAACAAAUUCCUGUUCCUCAAGAGGCUCGCACAGUCUUAUGGGAUCAUUGUAUUCGCCUUGUGAACAGGACCUUUGUGGAAGGAUUUGCAAGUGCCAAGAAGUGUAGCAACGAGGGCCGAGCAUUGAUGCAACUUGACUUUCAACAAUACCUCAUGAAAUUGGAGAAACUUACAGAUAAUCGACCAAUCCCGGACCGUGAGUUUGUAGAAACAUAUGUCAAGGCAUUUUACCUCACUGAAAAUGAAAUGGAAAGAUGGAUCCGAGAACACAAGGAGUACUCUGCUAAGCAGCUGACCAGUUUGGUGACAUGUGGUGUAGGCUCACAUCUCACAAAAAAAGGGAAACAAAAGCUGUUGUCUAUUAUUGAAGACAUGGAACGUUCCAAAACUCGGUAGCAAGAGCACUGGCUUUCAGUGUGUGUAUUUCAUUGCUGACUCGCGCUUUAUUGUUAAGAAACUUUAAUUGUACGAUAACAUUCACGAAGAAAAAGGAGAACGAUAAGGAACUAAAUUUGUUUUAGACAAAGCUGUAUGUUAAGAUUUACAGAGGAAAAAAAACCGUGAUAGGGAAUAAAAGUUGAAGAGUCACAUAAUUUCCUUUAAUACUGUAGAAGAUAGUGGAAUUUUUUUGAGAAACUCAGCUCAGAAAACAAAUGUUAAACGGCCUUCAACGAACAUGAACAACAUUUGUUCUCGUAACUUAGUCUUUUAUGAGCCAAGGAAAUGAAAAGCUUACUUUGUUUUUUUUUAAAUACGUACUCGAGAUAUCUCAAGACACGUUUGUAUUUUCUAAAUUGUAAUGAUAUUUUAUCAAAGAUAAAGGGAAGAAAGCAUUGUCAUUAAAUGCAACAGAAACGGUUGCAA